AUGCGCAUCGCCCAGCGCAUCGGCCUUCACAAGGACGGCUCUCAUCUCGGACUGUCCGCCUACGAGACAGAAAUGCGGCGGCGCCUCUGGCUGCAACUCGUUAUCUUCGAUGCCACUGCUGGUUAUUUCUCGGGAUGCGGCUCCGCCUACUUACCCCCUCCUACCUCUGAAACCACAUUGCCCCCUCUCAACAUCAACGACAGCAACCUGGACCCGAACAUGACGGAGCCACCCCGGGAAUACACGGGACCAACGGAAAUGGUGUUUUGCCUCGUCCGGCAUGAGUUUGGCGAAUGGCUACGCCGCCGCGCCGGGAUGAAGUCUGGGUUUGAUGGACAUUGGGGGUUCCUUCGCUCUUCGUCCGUGCCGUUGUCGGAAAAGGAUGCGGCCAUCGACGAGCUGGAGGAGAAAUUCGAGAACAAGUUCCUGAGGCACUGCGAUGUCUCAAUCCCACUGCACUUCAUCACCGUGAUGAUGGCUCGGUCGGUUGUAUGCAUGAUUCGCCUCGCCGCGCACCACCCGCGACAAUACACCGGGGCCAGUAUGGCCGGGGUCGGUGACGGUGACGGCGCCACCGCAUUCAACCCGGCACAGCGCACCCUCCAGUUAUCUGAGGCGGAGCAGGACCGCAUCUUCACCACCUGCGUCCAGGUCGCCGAGCACUGCGAUGCCGUGCAGACCAACCACGCCACCAAGAAAUACCUCUGGCAUGUCGACUACAACAUACAGUGGGAUGCCCUGAUCUACAUGCUGUCCGAGCUGCGCGGGCGCCGGGUCGAAGGCGCUGAGGUUGCCCGUGCAUGGGCCCUUAUUAACAGCAUCUGCGGCCGACACUAUCACCAGAUGGGCCCCCGCGCGCGUCGCAGCACGUUGCACGUUGCCAUCCGCAACCUUAUCAUCAAGGCCUGGAAAGGCCAUGUCGUUACGUGUGAGCAGAGGGGUAUCCCCUCGCAGCCGUGUCCUGACCUGCUUGCGCCAUGGCUGCAGCUGGGCCCGGGGGAGUCACAGAGCGUAGCAGCUGCUCCUCCUCCGCCACAGUCUGUGCUUUUGCACCAGCAAGAAGCCUCAAGCAGCAGGGUCUCAUAUAAUAUAGAGAACACACAACAGACCCUCGACAGCGAAAGCGCCCUCGUCGGGAACACCCAUGCCACCAGUUUACCACUGCAAUCUUCAAUCGCGCCGUUCCAGCAGCAGCGAGGCCCUAGGACUGGAAUUGGGGCAGUAGGCACCGGCGCAGAAGAGAUGGACUUCGUGGCCAUGGGCGGAGUGCCCGCGCUGGACGUCAGCCCCGUGAACUGGGAGCAGUGGGACGACCUGCUCGAGCAAUUCCAACAGGAGUGUUGGAGUGAGAACCCACUUUUGAGCCAGCUAUAG